UAUGCUCGUGGUUACUGACGUAAUUAUUCAAAGUGAGUUGUUACAGCAGUUGUUGCAUCAUCCAACAUCACCUAGUGCCUCAUCACUUGAUAGUAUGGAUGAAGGCAUAUGGUAUUAACACUGCAAGGUUCAGAAUGACGUGUUAUUAUUAAGUUUGAUCCAACGGGUGAGGACUUGUAUUUUUUUACACUGGGAGAGCAGAGGAUUUGUAAGUCUGUGACGCAAUGUAUGGAAACAAAAUGGACAGCAAAAGAAAUGAAUCGGUUGCUUCCCUCACCAAUUACUUCGCGGAAAACACGAGCAUGCAUGGAAUAUCCAGGUUUAUAGGAAAACCGGGCUUUUUCAGGAGAGCGUUUUGGGUUCUGGCGGUGUUAACCGGAUCUGGCGUUGCUGUGUACAACAUCUGGACGAUAGGCAUCGCCUACAGCAGGUGGGAGGUAUCUACGUUGGUCAGUCUCGAAUACAACUCAAAACUUCGUUUCCCAGCGGUAACCAUUUGCAACCUUAAUCCAGUAAAGAAGAGUAGUAUUGAGGUGGAAGAGACUGAAUUUGACAGCUUGAAGACAGCUUUACGAUAUGAGAACGCGAGUGAACCAAUGGAUAACGAAGACUUCUAUGACUGGGAGAAUUCAUCAGUCUCUUACGACACCUACGACAGCAACUACCGGGCAACUAUCGACUUCCAGAAAGCAUUAUUACAGAUGAAGACGGCGAGGAGAAUCCAAAUCGGCCACCAGCUCCACGAUAUGCUGAUUGAGUGCUCCUUUCAAGGAAAAGUUUGCACUCCUAGCAACUUCACCCGCUUCUACAACUACAUGCACGGCAACUGCUACACCUUCGUCCCAACAGACGUCGACUACACCUUCAUCAGCCAGACGGGACCGCUAUACGGUCUAUCUAUGAUGCUAUACGUGGAGGAGGCGGAGUAUAUCUCAAGCUUUAGCAGCGGUGUGGGCUUCAAGGUAGUCGUCCACAGCCCAGAUACCAUGCCAUUCCCUGAGGACGAGGGGUUCGACAUAAGUCCCGGCUUUGCCACAUCCGCCGGCGUCACCAAGGUCACCGUGGAGCGUGUCCCGGCCCCCUACGGUAACUGCAAGCUCUACGGACCGGGGGUAGAAGAACCGCCCAAUAUAUUCACCACCCAGGUGCCUAACAUCACCUAUAGCGAUAAGACGUGCAAGAAGACGUGUGUGCAGAAGAUACUGGUGUCACUGUGCGACUGCUGUUACAACAUCUACCCCUGCAACCCUGCCGCCCUCGGGAUCAUCAACUCCAGCAUCACCUCCGCAGUCCGGUUUUGUAGCCUUAAAGGCGAAACGAAAGAGUCAUGUGCAGAAGAGGUUCUGGAUGAGCUGGACAAUGAACAGAGAGUUUGUCCAGACAGCUGUUACCCAAACUGCAAAGAGGAUACCCAUCAGAUGGAGAUCUCGACAGCCAUGUGGCCAGCCAGUAAUCGUCUUACCAGGCUGGUAGAUGGACUCAUCAGGGGCUUCGAGAAUAAGCAAGGUGCACAGCCUAUUGACAAGCAUGCAUCAGCAGCUGAAAAAGAUACCUUCUUCAGGGAAAUCGACCACUUCAUAUUCACUAAAGGACGUUUAUUUAGGAGAAACGUCAUGAAGUUAAACGUCUUCUACAAGGAUCUGAACUAUCAGAAGAUACAAACGAAGCCGGCAUACGACUGGAAGAGUCUGUUGUCUGAUGUCGGCGGACAGGCUGGACUCUGGCUGGGCUUCUCCCUCCUCACCCUGGCCGAGAUCCUGGAACUCAUCCUGGACGUAGUGCUCCAUCUAUGCACAAGGCCUUUCCGACCAAACAAGGGUCAGGUGAAUCCAGGCCAGAAAAGGGACGAGAAGCAAUUCUAGAAGUCCAUGUGCAUUAGAUGAAGCGUGAAAUGUUUGGUGAUAUAACGUUUAAGGCCGCUUAGCCUUCAUUCAAAGCCAUGUCAAAGAAGUUGAGAAACGCAUAACUCACGUCACUGUGUACUCUGGCCAUAGACGAUUACUGUCUGUUUGUUGGUUUGUCUGGUGUUCAUUCGCUGGUGAUGAUUAUUGUUUUAACCGUAUUUUCAUCAUAAUUAUCGUCAGGGGGGUUUUGUACUCAAGACAUGAUUCCAACCCUAACGCCCUUACCCAAAAGCUACAGUUUCAACACUAAUACGCUCACAUAACAACUGUGAUUUCAACACCAAUACUGAUCCCUUCCCCUCAAUUAGCUGGCAGUAGACACAGGGUAUGUGGUAUCUUCUGGCUGUAGAGAUUGGUGACAAGAGUCUGUGGCUCUCCAUGUGGUAGGUUCUUCGUCACCUCCUAAAAUAGCUUGUACCGUCAACUAUCCACUCCUCCCUCCUUACAUCUGCCAGUUAAUGUUCGCCUCUUUUGCAUGCCGCACCCAGCUCUAUCACGUUUAUCACCCAGAUGGGCAAUAAAGUGCCGUUUGAGUGUUUGUGUUGUUCAAGAAUGCUUCCUUCUUCAAUUGAAUAUACAUUUCCCUUGUGAAAUAAGCUGUCACAUCAGUACAAUACAAGAUCUAUCUACCAGUCUUGUUCAAGAUGAAAUCUAUAGUCUCCCACCAGCAUUGUUUGAAUCAUCCUCCCUUGCCCUGCAGGCCAGUAAGGCAACCUUUGCUGACGCUGUCUGGAAAACCAUCCAAGUGACACAAUGAGAACCUGGAAAUGUCCAGUGUAUUCUUGAUGGUGGAGCUCUACUUCACCGGCUAUCCUGACCAAGAGGUUCUACAUUAUAUCAUGUGUGUGAACUUUAUACCUUCUAUAUGUUGUACAAAAUAUUGUCUUUAAUGGCCACAAUGGUGAUCCAUCAACGAAAGAUGCCACGCACAUGAGAAGAACGGGGGGAUUGGUCAUUAAAUCGUAGAAGGAAGAAUUCUUGAACAACGCAAAAACAAACAGCCCUUUAUUGCUUGUCUGGAUGACAAACUGGAAAGAGUUUGGUGCAGCACAGUCCAUGCCAAACAAAAUGCUGUCACAUCUGCAAGAAUAAAGACACUGUCCUGGUGGGAGAGGACGCAGAUUUGCCCAUCCUCCUCCCUCAUGUUGAAAUGGAAGCACAUGACUUGUUCCUGGUACCCGAACCCAAGCAACCUUUAAGAAGGGGCAGAAUUUGGUGCAUGAAACAAUCGAAGCAGCUCUGGGCAAUGCCGUAUGUGAGCAUGUUCCCUUUGUUACAUACAGUUGUUGGUUGAGACACCACUUAUCGACUAUUUGGCUUGGGAAAGGGUCUAGCAUUGAAGAAGAUCCUGAAUGAUGCAUAGUUCCACUAUCAGGCUACUAAAAUGUUCAGCCUUACAGAAGAAACUUGGAAUGAAAAAGUCACCACUGAAACAGGGGAACAUGCACUUUUGUCUUCAUAUGGCGGAUGUAAGGAGGAGGAACUGGGUAACUUACGGUACAAGCUCUUUUGUUGGAAGAUGACGAAGAACACGUAGAGAGACAAACUCUGCCACCAACCUCUGCAGCCGCAGGAUACCACAGCCCCUGUGUCUACUACCAGAUAAUGGAGUGUAAAGGGUUCAAUAUGAAUCUAGUGGAGUGGGGAUGGCACAUGAUGGAUGGACGGAGCUUACCAAUAUAGACAGACCAGCCUGCGUCACCUUCAGCACUCCUUGGCAUCAUCUGCUGUAACUGCAAACAAAAACUGUAACACACGAAGAUGCACUUGCCAGAAAUAUGGUCUCACAUGCAGUGCUGUGUGGGAGGAAUGCCAUGGUACAAUCUGUACUAAUGUACAUGUACCAGAUCUCUACUUUUCCACUGUUCAUGUAUACCGUUAAAAAUUAUGUAAAUUGUCACGACUAUACUUGUAUAUUGUUAUUUGUAUAUGUGCCUUUUGUCAUCAUACUGCAAAUAGUACUGGUUGAUUGAUUGAACUACUUGAAACGCAGUGGAGCGGUUUGAAGAGAAUGGCGUCACAAAUGCGUUUUACCAAGUGAAUAAAUCAGUUUCAGGAAUCGAUCAAGGACAAUACUAACAAACAAUCCAAAAGACGUCAUGCUCCUAAUAUCAUCACGCGAAUAUCACCUAAUUAUUUAUUACACUAUUACAACCACAAUGGGUUGUACCAAUAGUGUAAAUUGAUAUAAAA